CGUUAAGGCAAGCGCGUUGACCGACGUCGGAACGGAAGAAUCGAGGAACAAGGCUCUUAUUUUGUUUUCGUAAAAUUUGCGUUAAACUGAUUUCGUAACGUAUUGGACUAAAUUAUAAAUCAAAAUGCCGACUUGCACGUGCGAAUACGAGAGGGUCGAGGAUUAUGAGAAUCACGAAUGUCAACUGAAAUUGCCGAUUGAAAAUGAUGCACAAACUGAAAAAUCGGUUCACGAUGGCGUUGAGACGGCAGUCAGAUAUCGAGAUGGUUCCGUACGUCUACGAAAUCCUCACAUUGAACUCAUGGAUCAAGAUAUCCUAUACCAUCUUGCACUGGGUAGUGGUUCUCAUGAUUUACGCAGGAUGUUCGGUGACGUUAAGUUUGUGUGCAUGGGCGGCACACCAAAGCGUAUGGAACAAUUUGCCUAUUACAUCAUGAAGGAAAUUGGCCACAAACUUCCUGCUGGAACGACUUUGCUUGAUAUUAGCCAGUAUUCCUAUCGCUACUCCAUGUUCAAGGUCGGACCGGUGCUUUCCAUUAGCCACGGCAUGGGGAUACCUUCCGUUGGGAUACUCCUUCAUGAGGUGAUCAAGUUGAUGUACCAUGCCAAGGUUAAGGAUCCCAUAUUCUUCAGAAUUGGUACCUGUGGUGGAAUUGGCAUCGAAGGUGGUACCGUCGUUAUCUCCGAGGAGGCAGUAGACGGCAUGUUACGACCUUAUCUGGAAUUGCCUGUUUUGGGUAAACUUCUGCAAAGACCAGCCAAAUUGGAUAGACAGCUAGCGCGCGACUUGAAGGCCUUGGCUCAUCCUGAAGAUCCUUACGAUACCAUCAUUGGCAAGACUAUGUGCACCUACGAUUUCUACGAAGGUCAAGGUAGACUCGACGGCGCCUUUUGUGAAUUUACGGAGAACGAAAAGAUGGAGUACCUCAGUAAGGUGCACAAAGCUGGCGUAGCUAAUAUCGAGAUGGAGAGUCUCUCCUUCGCCGCUCUCACUCAUCAUGCCGGUAUAAAGUCUGCCGUAGUUUGCGUUACUUUCUUGGAUCGACUGAAAGGCGAUCAGGUUAUGGCACCGAAGGAAGUUCUAGACGAAUGGCAGAUGCGACCUCAGCAACUGAUCUCAAGAUACAUCACGAGGUAUCUUCAACGCAAAGGUCGACUAUCGGUCGAAGGUCACGGCUCAAUGUGCGUAAAGAGUCCUCGUCGCUACAAGCUCGUACAACAAGAAUCUGAGAACUACGAUUAAUUUUCAUGAAUUAUUAGAACGACAAGCCUAUAUCGUAUCUGUGUUCACGAAUGAAAUCGUUGAGAAUUAUGUACCUCGUGUACGAAAGAUGAUAGAAGGAUGAGCUGUAACUAAUGUUUAUUUGUAUAUUUAUUUAUUUAUUUUUUUUAGCGAGUUCACAGGAGCGUACGGCGGGAAGUUCAAAAAUAUUUCAUGAACUUUUCACUAUGACCAUCCAGGAGAUAUUGAUAGAAAGAAGGGUCAGUCCCUCGUGUAUUCUAUGUCUUAAAUGAAAUGUACGGUAUUUUAAUCCCCUUCAAAACUUUAGUACUCCCGUACUCACUGGGCGUGCACAACUAGUUGUCAAACAUAAAGUCCCAUGAACUGUGGUUGUUUUUUUUUUACUAGUAUCUACGCGAUAGUAUCAUUUGUGUCAGGAAAUAUUUUUUAUACCAAUUGUACUUUGUUUCUGUGGUUACGCAACACUGAUUGUCUUUUAAUACGUAUGUUUGACGUUGAUCAUUUUAUUGUGAGAAUUACCUGCUGGAAAGGUUUCACGGGUUGCGCGACCUUGUUUACACCGACUGGUGGGAAAAGUACGUUUAGUUUUUUGAUUUAUUUAACGGGAAGAAUUACGAGAUAAAAGGAAGAACACAGUUAAUGCAUUGUUAAAUAUUCUUGGUAUUGAUUGAAUAGUCCUUGGUAUUUUUUAGAGAUUUUCUGAUUGGUUGGUGAUAUGUAAAAUCUUCUCAGAAAUAAUCUGUUUAUUCAUUUCUUCUGGUUAAUUGUGAAAUAUAUUUAUUUAUUUGUAAAUGAGGAAACUGAUGCACUUUUUUCAAUGUUCAUUGAAUAGUAUGACGUAUGGACACCAUAUUGUUGGAUAUUGUAAGAUUAGUUCUUGAUUUCUAAAAAACAAAAGGAGUACGAAAGCUCAAAACAAUUGUAACGAUUCAUGCAGGAUUUUUCAGAUGGAAAUCAGCGAACUCUGAACGUUGAAUUUCUAGUACAAAGUGGACAGAUACUUUAAUCCGCGAAGACGCGCAUCCGCCGUACAUAUUUUGGCCGCGUAUCUUGUAAUUAUAUUUAGUUGAGGACCGUCCUAAAACGGGGAACGUUUGCAAAUGAUCGAACGUUUUUUUUUUUCUAAUUUCUGACCAAACUCAUCUUAAUAUUAUUUAAACAUUUUUUAAUUUUGAAUAAUUACAAUUAAACUGAUAUAUUUUCUUAAAGUCUCCUUUUUCAUAUUGCACUCUUGGAUUCACCGUGCGACGAGGUAUAUUUCUACGCAGAUCCAAAAAAAUGAAAUGUCCACGGACGAAAUAACGAUUACAAAUUAUAAUUAAAGUGAUGAAUAUUCAAUUAAACGAAUCCAUUGUAUAUGAAAGAUUCGCUGUCACUAUAAUAUUUAGAUGUACGUACAUUCCAAAUAAUUUAACAAUAUUUGUCGUUCUGUGAUUUAUUCUUUAAAGAUAAAACUGUACGCAAAGCACAUAAACCUUACACACAGUCCGGCUGACGUUGAGAACGUAUAAGGAAACUUGAUAGACGAAUAAUAAAUUGAAAUACUGCGAUCAAGAUAAUUAUGUAAGCGAGUAACAAGCGUGUUACAAGAUUCUUGUAAGGAUGGACGUAACAGUAAAAACAUUAAACAAGAUAAGUAAUUACGUGACAGCGUUCUCGAGUCGUUCGCCGAAUUAUCAGUGAAAAAAGAAAAAUAGUGAAAACGAGUAAACACAAUGUUAUCACACAAGUGCCAAAAAAUUAAAUUAACGAGGUUGGAGUCAUUUUGAAAAUUGUCUCUUUCGAAUCAGCUCCUUCAGUACUUUCUGUUCAGUAAUAAUACUCGAUGCUCUGCAAUCUCUGUUUUAUGCUUCUUCGCAGUUGUGAAACAUAUACAAAUAUAUAUCAAGACCGAAGCACAAACUAAUAACUAUUUAACAAGAAUAGAAAAAUCAAAAAUACGUAAUACUGAGUAGUUCAUUAUUAUAUGAUAUUGAUUAUAUUUACUGAUGAAACACAUGACUCACGUUCCAUUUGAAAUAUUCUCUAGAUUCUCGUUAAUUAAAUUUAAUGCUGGAUCAUUUAGGAUCUUUGUACCAACUGAUUGGUUCUAGGAAGAAAAUCCAAUCUUCCAUGCUGGUUAAUUAAUUCUGAAUGAAUCCUGUAAAGAUGAUCGCAUCUUUUUCUAAUUAAAAAUUUGUGAAACUUGAGUCUUAUGCCUGAGAAACUACAAUGCAAGAGGCAGGGCUCGUGGUAGAAAAUAUUUAACGAUAACAGUUAUAGAGAGCACCAUAAUUAUUGUUCCAAGUUACUAUUACUUAAUUAAUCCUCGCAGAAGUAAAUCAAAAAUGGCCGUUACUCUACACUAGGCACUAUUAAAGUAACACUCAAAAUAUUUCGAGUACACCAUAUCAUUAGUUUCCACGCUAGGGCUAACUAAAUCCUAGACUCACCUGUUGCGUAUCUUCUACAGCCAGAUGUAAUUAAGAAAAUCUCAUCAGUUUAACAAAAAGACCUUUCAACACUCCCGAGAGACUCGUUACCCGUAUCCUAAUUAGUAACGCUGUAUAUACUCGGAAGUUGUUGAAAACAAGAAAAGAACAUUUUCUUAUUAAAGAAAAACGUUUUACGCAAUAUAUUAUUAUUAAUAUAUAACUACUCUUACAGCUCCUCCUACUACUAACGUUACUAUUACAAUUCUACGCUAUUAAUAUUACGUACAACUAUUAUUCUUAUUGUCAUUAUUAUUAUUAUACAGUAAUUAAUUAAUGGCUCUAGUAACCGCUGUGUGUGUUCGCUGGGCCCUUUGUGUCUUGCUGAAAGCUGACCGUUGUCCAAAAAUGUCAUUGUCUAUAAUUACUAUUUAUUUAAUGCAUAUAUGUGUCGGGUACGCUUAUUAAGUAUAACGCAUUAGAAGACAUAUAAGAACAGAUCACGGGAGUGGGGGCGCAGAAAGUGACAGUGGAGUAAAACGAGACAACAGCAUGUGGGGUCCGUUUCUAUCUUUGUCUAACUGCGCAUGCGCGAAUACCAAAUAUACAAUAGACGCACCGAACCCAUUGCGCUGAAAUUUUUGACUUAUUGUGGCCAUUAUCAUUGACAAGCACAGAAGGAGGACCCCCUAUGCAGUGUUCUCAUUCUAUCCCACUGUCGCAGCCACUUACGCGCCAGCCUAUCUGUCGCCUGGUUUGUUCUUAUAUGUCUCUGUGGUAUAAUAUUCAGGAUCCGCUUAUACUUUAUCUGCAUAAUUAUUCUCCAUUUGUCUCUGUCUAGUACGUGCAAUGCACAAUGGCGUUGAUAUACGUUCGAGAAGAAAAUAAGAGGGAAAGUGAGAGCUUGAGGUUAACGAUAGUAAUGUGUCCUUGUCACGUAUCGCCUAAUUGAAUUGUUUCUAUGCGUAAAGUUUAUCGGUUUAUUCACAAAAGAUUGUACGUAACAAUGAAUAUUUAGAGUAAGAAAAAAAAAUUGUGUGGAAUCGUAAGAAGCGUUGCGGAUUUGUAUGCCAAGUUUGCUUAACGACGUCGCAUCGUUGUUGGGUGAUUUUUUUAUUUAAAAGGGAAAAAUUAGUGAAACGUAAAGUUUGCAAAGUUCUCGUGUAAAUUGGACAACCUUUUUUCUUUUCAAUGAAACAACGACAUAUCUGUGAUGCAUAUUGAUAACCGAUGUUUUCAUCUAGCUUUCAGUUUUUACCUGGGAUAUUGACGUCAUUAAACGCUUAAUUAGAGGUAAGAGAUUGUAUUGUUACUCGUGAAUCGUCGCCAUUCCUUUUGUCGUUAUCUGUCUGUUGUGAUCCGCGAAUGCGAAAUGUGGAUGGGAAGUAAAUUAACGUUUUAUUUAAGAAAAGAAAUUAUCGUUAACACACCAAUCACACGGUUAUUACUCACGUCUCUAUGUAACACUGUAGACUAUUAAUUUGUACUUCAGAAGAUUGAACCUGUCCUUUUAAGAGCUAAUGUUGACAUAACGAUUAAGAUGUUAUUGAUUGAGUGUUACAUUAUAAAAGGACAAUAAAGGGAUCUAAUUGAAACACAAA